AUGUCCGGAUUCCCCGCGCCGCAGCAAGCACAGGCCCGAAACACAACAUUGGCGUCUGCACGACUGCCGAACGGAAAAUUGGGUGGCGCAGCGAAUUGGAACUUCAAUCUGCCUAUGAGCGGAACUCCCACUCUACAAACCAACCAACAACGAAAUAUGGGAACUAUGGGUAGCUUUGCGCAGAGCUUGACCGGUUCUCAACCAGCAACACCGUUAGAUCUUUCCGAAUUUCCUUCCCUUUCAGGUGCACCCCAACAGUCACAAUCUCAGAACCCCGGGCAACUUGUUUGGGCCAACGCAAGCCAGCGAGCUGCGCAGCACACUCCUGUUCAGAGACAGCAGCACCUUCCUACUUCUCAACCCCCUUCUCGAACCUCCCAGACCCAACCGCAUCCCGUACAACAGCCUUCGCAAGCACCUCACGAUGACAUUUUCCCCUCCGGCGCCCAAUUUGCCAAUCGACUGGAUGACUUCAGGAAUGGUGGACAGGGUAUCAGUAGCCAGCUAGGCGCCGGCAGCCAGCCUCAGACGGGUAACAUUGACGAAUUCCCUCCGUUGGGUCGCAAUGUUGCAGCUGAGAUCGGCCAAGACAGUCGAAGCUCAUUGAUGCAGAAUACUGCGUUUGGAAGCUAUAACACCAGCAUUGGAACAUCACGGUCGCCUGCCAAUCAAGGACCCAAUGGAGUUUUGGGGCAGGAGAAGGAGGACCCUAACAACACCCUGAUGUCGAGUCAACGCAACUUUAGCGACCCGCAACAAUUGCAGCAAAGGCAGCAACAGGCCAACGAAGGGCAGGAUGCUUCAGUGGUCGCAAAUACCAGAAGUGCAGAACAACUACCUCUCGCGCAGAUGAGUGAGCUGGACCGAUUCGGCUUGGCCGGCCUAUUGCGCAUGAUCCAUAGCGAGAGCCCUGACGUGGCCGGACUCGCUGUUGGUCAAGAUCUGAUGACCCUUGGCCUGGACUUGAAUCAGCCUGAACCUCUCCACUCCUCCUUUGCAACUCCAUUUCCGACAGCUGCUAUGUCGGUCGUACCGCUCGAACAGGACUUCUCCCUUCCCUCUUGCUACAACGUUGCGAACAUACAAGCCCUCCAAUCUCGAAUCCCUGGUUUCAGCGACGAGACCCUGUUCUACAUCUUCUACAGUAUGCCCCGAGAUAUCAUGCAGGAGCUGGUGGCAGAGGAGUUGAUGGGCCGCAAGUGGCGGUACCACAAGCUCGAGCGCUGCUGGCUGACCCGCGAUGAAACAUAUCCUGGCCCAGUAGAUGUGGAACGGGGAGUGAGCGAACGUGGCGUCUAUCUCCUGUGGGACCCUGCCACCUGGAAGAAGAUUCGAGUGGGUCUUACCAAUCAACAUACACAACCAGACGCGCUGACUUCGUCGCAGCGAGAUUUCAUCCUUCGAUAUGAGGAUCUGGAUAACCGACUGGAUUCCAACCGGGCAAUCAGUCGUGGUGUUAGCCAGACACAUCAUGCUUCAUAA